AUGGCGUGUCCCCUGGAGCAGGCACUGGCUGUGAUGGUCACCACCUUCCACAAGUACUCGGGGAAGGAGGGGGACAAGUUCAAGCUCAGCAAGGCUGAGCUCAAGGACCUGCUGAACAAGGAGCUGCCCAUCUUCGGGAGUAAACAAAUGGAUGAGGCGGAAUUCAAGCGGCUGGUGAACGACCUGGACCACAACAAGGACAGCGAGGUGGAUUUCAAGGAGUACGUGUGUUUCCUGGCCUGCAUCACCAUGGGCUUCAACGACUUCUUCAAGGACGACCCCAGCAAGCAGCACCGCAGGAAGUGA